UACUUUGUGUGCAGUUCAUCCAACCACUCGUCCACCUCGACCCAUCUGUCCAUCCUUCGGUUCAGCCAUUCAUCCAUCCACCUAAAACGGAACGCAUCCCUCCACCGAUCCAUCCGUCCAUUUAUCCAGCCAUCCAACCAUCCUAGCAAUGUCUAUCUACCCAUCCAUCCAUUCAUCCAUCCAUCUGUCCAGACAGCCGUCAUUCCAUACGUCAAUUUAUUCAUCCAUCCGCCCGUCCGUCCAUCCAUCAAUCCAUUCUUUAGCCAUCUACACACACAGAGGCAUAUUCGUCCAUCUAGUAAACAGCGGUGGCUGGUGAGUGUGCAACUCUGGCAUCAUUGCCGGCUUGAACCGAGCCGUCGAACUAUUGGGGGCAAAAGAGCAGCAUGUAUCCACCAAGAUGGCGACUAUGCAAACAGUCAGUGUAUGUACAUGAGUGUGUGUGUGCUCGUGUCUGCUUGGCGCUGCUGCACAGGCGCCGACGCCAUCGGAAAGAAGUCGCCGACGUAUGCAAACAAAUUACACAACCCGAAUCACAUAGCCAAGAGGGAAUAG